AUGCCGAGGCAGAACAACGGCUUGGGUAUGGACCUGCUGAUCCCUGGCAAAAUCAGAAAGCGAGGGUGCUCGUCGUCAGCUUCUUCGUCGUCUUCGAUCAUCCAAAACUACAGAUUCAAGAGGGCGAUACUGGUGGGCAAGAGGGGCCGAUCCAGUACGCCCGUGCCCACAUGGAAGCUCAUGAGCUCCAGGUCACCUACCGCGUCGGCAUUGCGCGCCAUGGACUCCCCCAACUACGCCGCCUCCUCCCAGAACGGCGCCGGCAGGUCCAAGCAGCAAGCGCCAGUGUCUGCCAGGAAGCUCGCCGCCACGCUCUGGGAAAUGAACGACAUGCCGUCUCCGAGAGUGAGGGAAGGGUCGUCGGACGAGAGGAGGUUGAGGAAGAUGGAGAUUAUGAAUAGUAAGGCCAGAGAGAGAGAAAGGAUCGCGAGAUCGGCGCACUCGGGUUCUCUGCCUCCCCAUCUCUCCGAUCCGUCUCAUAGUCCUGUUUCCGAGAGGACGGACAGAUCUGGAACUGGUAGUUUCCAUCGAAGGACGCCCUCCAUUUCACAGAGGCUCAGGCUCACAGACCACCAUGCUGGAAUGUUGGAUUCUCAUCGCAAUGGCAGCUUAAUGGAGGUUGAGACUAGAUCUAGAGCCCAGACUCCUACUGCUUCCACUGUUGGAGUCAAGACUCAUUUGAAGGAUGUUAGCAAUGCUUUGACCACGUCUAAAGAGCUACUGAAAAUUAUCAACCGCAUUUGGGGUAAUGAAGAUCGGCCUUCCUCAAGCAUGGCCCUCAUCUCAGCCUUACAUGCUGAGCUGGAGAGGGCUCGUUUACAGGUCAAUCAGCUUAUCCAAGAACAACGCGCAGACCAGAAUGAGAUCAAUUAUCUCAUGAAGUGUUUUGCUGAAGAAAAGGCAGCUUGGAAAAGCAAAGAGCACAAAGUUGUUGAGGCUGCUAUUGAGGCUGUUGCAGGUGAACUUGAGGUAGAGCGGAAACUGAGAAGAAGGUCUGAAAGCUUGAAUAAGAAACUUGGGAAAGAACUGGCAGAGACAAAAGCCUCUCUUGUUAAGGCGGUGAAAGAACUUGAGAGUGAGAAGAGAACUAGAGAGAUAAUGGAACAAGUAUGUGAUGAAUUAGCCAGGGACAUUGAUGAAGAUAAAUCUGAAGCAGAGGAAGUGAAGAGGGAGUCUUCAAAAGUUCGGGAAGAUGUUGAGAAGGAAAGGGAGAUGAUGCAGUUUGCAGACGUAUUGCGUGAAGAGAGAGCUCAAGUGAAACUCUCAGAGGCAAAACAUCAGCUUGAGGAGAAGAAUGCAGCUGUUGAUAUAUUGAGGAGUCAACUUGAAGCUUUUAUGGGAAGUAAGAGAACCAAAGAAAAGGGACGUGGUUCUUCUCAUCUGAAUGAUGAAGAAAUUUCCGCGUAUCUAAGCAGAGCUCAUCUUGGUUCCCAUCAGGAUGAUGAAAAAGAUGAGGAUGGAGGAGAAGUUGAAGAUGGAAUAGAAUGUGAAGAGGAUUCUGCUGAAAGUGAUCUUCAUUCCAUAGAGUUAAGCAUGGGCAACAACAACAGAAGCUACAACUUGAUUCAUGCUUCUGGAGCUGCUCGUGAUCCAAGGUGGGCUCCAUUUGAUGUCGAAGAAAUCAAAGGGAGGAAGUCUACAUCUGGGAAGCCACCAAGAAGAAGCACUUCUUUGCAAAGAAGCGUAUCAGAUGGAGUGGAAUGGGGUAUGCAAGCUGAAAAGCUCCAAAAUUCAGGAGAUGGGAUAGAUUGGGAGAGAUUUCCUGAACUGGAGAGGCAAAGACAAGAGCAAGGAAAAGGUCGUGGAGAUGAAAUGCAAGGGUAUAAAUCAUCAAAGGGUCUUAGGGACCAAAUGUUGUCUGGUUCUAGGCUUGGACCGGCUAGAGUUCAUGCUAGUCCAACACGGCAAUGGGGCCAGCCAUGGCCUUCACGGGAUCCUACCGGUACAUUUCAAGAUAGGCCUCCCAGUGCGCAAGGCAAUGGUUCAAAGUCUAGGCUAGGGGAAGCUAGAGGCGAAGGCCAGAAUGGCAGAAGGUCAAAACGGUGAAAAUUUCUCUUUUUGCCAAUGCCUUGCCAUAGUCAGAGCCUUUUGUUUUGGCACGGUGGUUUUGUAAUAGCCCAGGCUGGUGGAAAACGAUUUGGCUCAUCGAUGCUUUUGGCUUGUGAUCACCAGGUGCUGCUAAGUCGCAGCAAUCUCUGCUCAUUUUGUGCUAGACCAUUCUCUCUUGAAAUGCUUGUGUUGGAGAUUUUUCGAAGAAAGCUGUGAUAAUCUAGCGAGCUUGUACUGUACAAAAGCUUCUAGUAUGUAUCAUGCUUGUCUCAAUUUAUACUAGAAAUAUUAUAUAUUUGCUUUUGUUUUUUUUCCCCUU